AUGGGUGAGAAGUUCAUCAUCGAGUUUGGCAGCAGCAAGGAUGAAGAUAGAGAAGCUCUCAUCAACAAGUUGACAGCGGAUGAAAGAACCAAGGUAGUGAAGAGAUUUGAUCAUGCGAUCUUCUCUGGGGUAGUCAUUGAGACUGGGAAUCACAACAUGGACACUCUUCGGGCUUUACCCAACGUCGGCAAUGUCUGGCCAUCGAGAAACGAGGGGCUUCUGGGGGCGCUUGGAGGUUCGGAAGCGCGAAGAGAAUCUGCCGAGUUAUAA